AUGGACAGCAGCAGGAAGAAGGUGGCUUUUAAGAUAUCAAAGCUUCAAAGAGUUUUCUCCACACCCCAUUGUGCCAGUCAAAGAAAUGUGACACUCACACCUCCGAAAGUGUUCCCUAAAGCAGAGUUGUCCCUCAGAGACUCUCCAGGACCAGGCGGAUUGGGCGAGCUAAGUCUGGACACCCCAAAGAGGAAAGCCGUGGCGUUCCCUGAUGCUGUUGCCUCGCAAAGCAAAGCCGAGCUGACGAAGCGCACCAAGAAGUCUUUUCGAAACAUUCACAUCCCAGCAAUAUCUGAUAUUUGUUCUUUGGGCAUCUCACAGGACACCGAUUUGCUGGAGGCUACACAGAGCGACGUAUCCCCGCUUCCCUCUCACUCAUUCUUCAAGAAGGAGGACAGCGCGCCAGAGGAGGGCUUGAAGGCAAUCUACAAGAUGGCAUUAUCUGGAGCCGUGAGGAGCAGAGGAUUGAAGAGCACCCCUGCAAAAUGCAGCACUGACACUGGCUGCCUGUCUUUGAGCCCUGCAAGCCCCUAUAUGAAGACUGAGGAACACAGUCAGACUUCGCUCACACGCUGCUGGUCACCACAGCUGGGAAAGUGUGAUGUCAGUGAAGAUCAGAUCUCAACUUCUCAGGCUGUUGUGAUUUCAGUUGACCAAAAAGAUGGCACGGUGUCUCAAGGGGGUGAAAGGGGUGUUGUGCUGGAUGAAGUUGUAAUAGGUCGUCAUUACUCCCAAGACAACGUAUCUGCUUCAGAGACUGAACCUCAAACUCGGGACAUUGAAUCUUCAUUCCCUCCUCUUGAGUAUCUUCCAGAUUCCUUGUCUUGCUGUAUAACUCCUCAGGAUGAGCCCGCUGACGGCUGGAAAUGUCUGAGUCCGCCAGUGAAUAAUAGCUUUGGUGCUACAGCUCCCUCUUCAUCCCCAACAGAAUGCAGUGGAAACUUGAGGGCAAUGAGUUCUUUCCCCAUGUCACAGAGAGCAUUUGUUGUCUCAUGCACUCAGCAAGAAGCCCGAAGUCCUUCAGCAGUGGCCAGAGUGGAUCCCAAGAAUCUAAACCCCAAUACUUUCGACUUUAAAAGCAUUGUGGAUUCGGCAGACCCCUUUGCUCUGCCACUAUAUUCGAACAGUAGUCAGAGAACCGCCGCAGUCGCACGCAGAGAGUCAUACGCUGGCUCUUCCGUCCAUUCCCCGCGCUACUCAUUUGAACAUGACAGGCCACCUAAUACAAGACUGUCCAUGGGGGAUCCUCAACACCUUUGGUCAAGUUACCCCCACAGUGCCGGUGGCUUUAUAGAUACACACUGCCAUCUUGACAUGCUGUACGGAAAACUGCGCUUCCGUGGUUCUUUUGGCCGCUUCCGAAGUCUCUACCGCAGCAGCUUUCCGUCUGAGUUUCAAGGCUGUAUUGCGGACUUCUGCAACCCACGGCUCAUGUCCAAGGAAGCCCUGUGGGAGGGUCUCCUGGAUGAAGACAUUGUUUGGGGGGCUUUUGGGUGCCACCCACACUUUGCUCACGAGUACUCCAAUGUCAAUGAGCGCAGCAUACUGACAGCCAUGGGACAUCCAAAAGCCGUGGCGUUUGGCGAGAUGGGUUUGGACUACUCCCACAAAAACUCCACGUGCACUCGCAAGCAAAAAGAGGUGUUUGAGCGGCAGCUGCAGUGGGCUGUGGCCAUGAACAAGCCUCUGGUCAUCCACUGCAGGGAUGCAGAUGAUGACCUAAUGACAAUCUUGAAGAAGUGUGUCCCCAGAGAUUACAAAAUUCACAGGCACUGUUUUACAAACAGCUAUCGAGUGAUCGAGCCUUUCCUGGAAGAGUUCCCCAACCUGUAUGUGGGCUUCACAGCCUUGAUCACCUAUAACAGUGCCAUGGAGGCACGAGAUGCUGUCCGCAAAAUCCCUCUAGACCGCAUUGUGUUGGAGACAGACGCACCGUAUUUCCUGCCAAGACUGGUGAACAAAGAUCUCUGCAGAUUUUCCCAUCCAGGACUGGGCAUCCACACACUGCAGGAGCUUAGUCUGCUUAAGGGGGAGGACAUGCCCACCGUGCUCACCACCAUCCGAAACAACACCACUCAACUUUACGGCAUCUGAGUGCGAGAGAGAAUGGUGUUGUAUGUUAGAAAAGUCAACUUGCUUGGAGCUGGUUUGUUUGUGGCUCCGUACUAAUCAUUCUGAGUAGCUCUAGUUUUAUACGUGUACAUUGUGCUGUUGCAUUAUAAGCAGUUAUUACUAGCAUCUUACAUUGUUGUUGUUUUACUUGGUUUAACAUGUUUUAUCUGGUUUGUUUUGAUUUGGUUUGACAGCAUGUCAAAUAAAUUAAAUACUUAUGUAGUUUUGUUUUUGAUGCAGCGGUGCUCACAAGAAGACACAGCGGUACAUUAAGAUGUGAAGUAGACAAGCAAAACGUAUUUAAAGUGCAUUAGUGAUUUCAGGAAUGAAGUACC